UAAUUAGCUCAAAUGUGUUUAGAAAAAGGUCAGUAAUAAAAAUCAUAUUUUACACACUACACACACAUAGAUUCCUCGAAGAGCUCCAUGAUAAUUCAUUGCAAUACAUUAAAAUCACUUGAAUUUUCCAAAAAUUGCGACUUGGAUUGAGCUAAGAUCAAUCAAAAUCCCUUUUUUACCUCACCCAAAUUUGUGAAUUAGGGUUUCUGAAAAGAUGGCGAUAAUUCCGGUAUACUGUGUCUGAUCGCCGAUUGUCGGCGACCUUGUAUGGAAACUCGGAGCCGGAAACUGACGGAGGAAGCCACGUCAUCAGCGCCUUCUUCUUCUUCUACUUCCUCUGGUCCCACCACACGUGCCACUAAGCGUGCUCGCUUCACCUCACGCGCCCCCUCAGCUCGUUCCCGUUUCACAAAUCGUUCACUUCGUAUGGACUCCACGAAUGAAUCCUCCGGGUCGGGUACCCGAGCCCGCCGUUCGGGUUCGGGUAAGGAAAAAGAACACGAAAUUAGGGAUAGGGAUGAUGAAGAUGAUAACGAUAAUGAUAAUGAAAGUGAAAAUGAUGUAGGGAUUUUGCAUCAUAAUUUGACGUCAGCAAGUAGUGCACUUCAAGGACUGUUGAGAAAAUUAGGUGCUGGAUUGGAUGAUUUGCUGCCGAGUUCAGCAAUGGUGGGGUCCACUUCGUCGUCCAACGGGCGGCUGAAGAAGAUAUUAUCGGGUUUAAGAGCUGAUGGGGAAGAAGGGAAACAAAUAGAGGCAUUGACACAGUUGUGUGUGAUGCUUUCUAUUGGAACAGAAGACUCUUUGAGCACUUUUUCAGUGGACUCUUUUGUACCUGUGCUUGUUGGGUUGCUUAAUAAUCAUGGUGGAAGUAGUAAUCCUGAUAUUAUGCUUCUUGCAGCUAGGGCGCUAACUCAUUUGGUUGAUGUUUUACCAUCUUCUUGUGCUGCUGUUGUGCAUUAUGGAGCAGUUUCAUGUUUUGUAGCUCGGUUGCUCACUAUUGAAUACAUGGACUUAGCUGAACAGUCUCUACAAGCUUUAAAGAAGAUAUCUCAGGAAGACCCAACUGCUUGUUUGCGAGCAGGUGCACUCAUGGCUGUGCUCUCGUAUCUCGACUUCUUUUCCACUGGUGUUCAGAGAGUAGCAUUAGCAACCGCUGCUAAUAUGUGCAAGAAGCUGCCUUCGGAUGCNACAUUUGCAUCAUCUCCAGAGAAGCUAGAUGAACUCUGCAAUCACGGACUUGUCACACAAGCUGCCUCCCUCAUCUCAACCAGUAAUUCUGGAGGUGGUCAGGCUUCGCUCAGCACGGAAACUUACACAGGCUUGAUCCGGCUUCUUUCUACGUGUGCCAGUGGCUCUCCAUUAGGGGCUAAAACCUUGAUGAUACUUGGUAUCAGUCGGAUCCUCAAGGACAUUUUAUCUGGUUCUGGCCUCGUGGCGACUGUCUCUAUUUCACCUGCCUUGAGCAGACCUCCAGAGCAGAUUUUUGAGAUUGUGAAUCUGGCAAACGAGCUUCUUCCUCCGCUGCCUCAAGGAACCAUCUCUCUUCCAGUUAGCACUAAUUUGUUCAUUAGGGGCUCGUUUACAAGGAAACCUUCUGCUAGUGGUUCUGGAAAACAGGAGGAUCUGAAUGCAUCUUCUCCGGAGGUAUCAGCUCGUGAGAAACUAUUGAAUGAUCAACCUGAACUUCUGCAACAAUUUGGAACGGAUCUCCUCCUUGUUCUAAUCCAGACAUAUGGAUCCAGUGUGAAUACUGCAGCACGCCACAAGUGCCUCUCAGUUAUUGGAAAACUUAUGUAUUUCAGUAGUGCAGAUAUGAUUCAGUCUUUAAUGAAUGUCACUAACAUAUCAAGUUUCUUGGCUGGGGUUUUGGCUUGGAAGGAUCCCCAAGUACUGGUGCCUGCUCUUCAAAUAGCAGAAAUUUUAAUGCAAAAGCUCCCUGGAGUUUUUGGCAAGAUGUUUGUCCGAGAAGGUGUUGUUCAUGCUGUUGAUACCUUGAUACUGACUGAGUCUCAUGGUUCUGCUACUACCCAGCCAACACGUGGUGAGAAGGAGAAAUGUAAUCGACGCCGUAGCAAUAAUUCCAAUACAGAUGCAACUUCUGUUGAAGAUCCUAAAAGUCCAGUUCCAAGUAUUGGAUCUCCGCCAGAUCCUAUGGAGAUUCCGACAGUCAACUCUAACCUUCGGAUGGCAGUCAGUUCAUGUGCAAAAUCUUUCAAGGAUACAUACUUCCCUUCAGAUUCAGAGGCUACUGAAGCUGGUGCCACAGAUGAUCUUCUACAAUUGAAGAAUCUCUGCAUGAAGUUGAAUGCUGGUAUCGAUGAACAAAUAGCUAAACCUAAAGGAAAGUCAAAAACAUUUGGGCCUCAGCUUGGGGAUAUUUCUAUCUGUAAGGAAGAAACCUUGGCUGAAGUGAUUGCUGCCAUGCUGGGAGAGCUCAGCAAAGGGGACGGUGUUUCAACCUUUGAGUUUAUUGGAAGUGGAGUUGUUGCUUCUUUGCUCAAUUAUUUUACGUGUGGAUAUCUUUCUAAGGAAAAAAUCUCUGAUGCUAGUUUGCCUAGGCUUCGAGAACAAGCAAUCAAAAGAUACAAGUCUUUUAUUGCAGUUGCUCUUCCUUCUGGUGUUGAUGGUGGAAGUGUGGUUCCCAUGACUGUUCUGGUCCAAAAGCUUCAAAAUGCUCUAUGUUCCUUGGAGCGUUUUCCCGUUGUGCUGAGUCAUAGUUCCAGAUCAUCGACAGGAAAUGCCCGUCUAUCUUCAGGUUUAAGUGCUUUGUCUCAGCCUUUUAAGCUGCGCCUUUGCAGAGCUCAAGGAGAGAAAACCCUCCGCGACUACUCCUCAAAUGUCUUGUUAAUUGAUCCUUUGGCAAGUUUAGUAGCUAUUGAAGGAUUCCUCUGGCCCCGAGUUAAGCGACCUGAGUCUGGGCACAAGGCCUCUGCUUCUUCAGGCAACUCUGGGUCUGGGACCAUACCUGCAGGAGGCGGUGCAUCAUAUCCA